UAUAAAACUUUAAACACACUGCCAUCCAUACACUCGGAGCAACUUUAUUUUUGACAGCAUAAUAAAUUGAUUCACAAUUUGCUCUGGGUUCGGCUUAUUAUUCAUAAGGCUAUGAGUGACUGAAUAUUCAGUAUCCAGAGAGACAGAGAAGACUUGGCAGUUUUGGAAUGCCGCAGCAGCGAUGUGUCCUGGAGAGCAAUUAGUGUGAAGAGGCGACUGACGGUAUGCGUAUGAAAAAUCUGAGAUCUUCUUUCAACCACUGCUCUCAAUUAGUCAAUGUGUCAGCAGAAGGCACGAAGUUAUUCUUUUCGCAACAUGAACGACAUCAGGAAAAAGUUGAGUCGAACCCUGUCAGGUCCCCGACGCUGCGCUAAGUGCCAGAAAAUGGUUUAUCUUUCCCUUUCAAGUUGCAAGCAUUGUGGGGAGAUAAUUCAUAAGCAUUGUUCCUUUCACACGAACAAGAAAUGCUGCAAAUCUGUCAUUCCUGACGUUCCAGAUGAUUUAGAAUGUCAUAUCAUUGGAUCAGAUGCAGACGAUUGGCGUUCUAGGGAGUUAUGGCAACACGGAGGCUGUGGCGGCAGUGUCUCUCCCGUGGGAUCAUGGGACGCAGAAGAAGCGUACAGGUCGGACAGUGCUGGACCGGGCAUGGCUAUGGCGGGUUUACUCAAGAUCGUUCAUUGGCUGUCGCAUCGGAAAAGAACACGGGAAUCAAUUGGUCGAGCCUGCGAAAAACACUACAAGGGGAAGUACGGCUUGAACAUAGACGACAAAGAGACAAAGAAAAAGUUCAAAAUGCUCAUAAAAAACACGAAAAAUUCGCAUUAUCUUCCGGACUAUUACGGCCAUUAUCCACAGCAGCAAACUCAGCACUAUCUUCUGAGCAGCCAGCGAGAUGCUGUGUACACUCAUUUGAUUCGCCAACGGAUGGGGCCCAAAAGACCGUCUGGCAUCGGAACUGAUCUGUUGUCACCUCGCAGUAGCGUCUCUUCGUAUAGUGACAGCUCGUUUAUGUCACCAGCAAGCACGCCAGAGGUCAAGACAGCACGCCAACGAAGGGAAAAGAUGAUCAAGCAAACUUCCAUUAAAUGGGAUCGCGACGUGGACAGCCAUUCUAUCCUCUCAGCUAAUCCAUUCCUCACAAUGGGUCACAAAAUUAUGGAUCAGACGGUCGAGCGCCCCAAACUGUGUGCUGUUGUGUCUCCCAAGCCCUCGCUGCGGCCCAACGAGACCAGUUGGAUAUCUUCUGGAAGUCGGAAUGCCUUCUACGGAGGACUUCAUCAGAGGACAUCGUUCGAGGGAAAGAACGCCACUGUGUCGUUUGCGCGACCACCCUGCCUCACCAAGGCCAAGACGCUCAGCAUAGAGAGCCGGGACAAAGCAAAUGAGAGUCUGUGUGCCACCUGGCCUCCAGCGGGAAAGGCAGGAACCAUUUUAGAGGAAAUUGUUGAUGAAACAGAAACUGAUUGUAUAGAAGAAGCAGACGAAAGCUUUAAUUUAAGUGAUUUUCGUAGUGAUUCUCAAAAUGGUGAAGAAUCCUUAAAAGAGUGGUAUAUUCCUUAUGGUGAUAUUGAAUUCAUGGAGAGAAUUCGUCAUGGACGUCAGGGUGAUAUAUACAAGGGCAAGUGGUAUGGUGAAGUAUUGAUCUAUACCAUUCGUGAAACGUGUGAUCGAGAGCUAAAUCAGUUCCUAGAUGAGGUGGCUCAAAUGGGAAUGAUCCGACAUGAAAAUAUUGUCCUAUUCAUGGGAGCUUGCAUUGAGCCACAGAAGCUUGCAGUCAUCACCAGCAUGCGCAAAGGACCGACACUCUUUGAAUAUCUUCACCUUAAACGACAUAAGUUGCCUUUCCAUUCCAAGCAUAAUAUAGCCAGACAAAUAGCUCAGGGCAUGGGCUACUUGCACGCCAAAGACAUCGUUCAUAAGAAGCUUAAUUCUAAAAAUAUAAUAUUAGAAUGCAGGGUGAAACUAUGCAUCAUGGAUCAUGGAAUGGCCGACAAACAGCUGGAUAGAAACGACUAUGGAUGCAUACCACGAGGACACCUAAGCUACAUAAGUCCAGAGUUGAUGUCUUCCUUAGAAAUUGAUCCUCCAGGAAUAUACUCCACGAAACCUCACACGCAGUCAACUGACAUUUUUGCUUUCGGGUCGCUGCUGUUCGAACUGCUGGCAGAACGUUUCGCCUUCCAUGAUCUGCCGCCACACGCCCUCAUUUGGCAGGUGUCUUCUGGCAGAACGGCAUCCUUACACAACUUUCGUUUUAUUAACGGGCUCAAGACCCUGAUCAAGCGUUGUUGGUCUCUUAACCCCGAGCAGCGACCUCCGUUUUCAGAAAUCGUGCACAUAUUGCAAGAAAAUGUUUCACAUCAUAGACGUCACAGUUGCUCGGAACCGGACCGACUACACCUCACGGGCCAAACUUCUAGUCGCAUAUUGUGAAUGUGAAACCACGAAUGUGAUACUUCUCAAACGAAACGGACCUUUUCAUAAAUUAGCAAACACUGUGUGACCAUUUUUUCUGUCGCACACACUUCUCGUACCCCAUCAAAUUGGGGGAAAAUACUUAGCUACUGUGCCAGUUGACGAGAGAAAAUAAAUGCAGCUUUUCGAAAAUUGAUAACAUUUCAGAAACUGUAGACAUGGCGAUGAAAAAACUUGAACAGCUGUUGUAAGAGGGGGAGCACUGUUGCUUUGUAAUACUAGAGAAAUAAACAUGGAAUUGGCUGUAAAAAGAGAUGUUUCUCUCGAAAUGGGUGAUAAAAUGAACGUGAUUACUUGAUCGAAUGCGUAAGAAUAAUCCUAAAAAGGAUUCAUGUUAACUCUACGCGAAUGAUGGCUUUAUCUGAUGUAAUUGCAAGGUUGGUCUUAAAAAUAUGAACCGUCAAAUUUUGAUGGGUAGAAAGUAUUUUCAUGUAAUACAAUCCAACUGAAUCCUCUACCAAACAGUAUACAUCUCUGUUAAUUACUAGUUAAAAAUGUUGAUGAUAAUUCGAUUUGGUUCGAUAUAAUUUUUCAAUAAGUAGCAUACUUUUAUUCCCUAAUUUAGUAAGUGAUUUGUCAAAGGUAGUCAAAGUUGUAAUUAUUUAAAAAUUAACUGAUUUUCAAAACAGGAAUAAUUAUUUGGAAUAAAAAGAAAACCCUGGUGUCUUUAUUAUGUUUAGAUAAAAUUGCAAUCGCUUUGUAUUUCAUUGAAUAAGAAUUCAGUUUAAUUUUAAACUCUUGUUCGUGCUUGUAAAUACGUAUAUAGAUAGCUAAGUUAUUAAAUUAUGGAAAAACAAAUCCCUAAAAAAUUAGGAGCAUCAUAUCCAAUGACGUUUGUGGUUGAACGAAAUGUAGACAAAGAAAGGUUACAAUAAAAGAACUUAUUGCAAAUUUUCGAAUCAUUUGAAGUUUAUUCGAUCAGAUUUCCUUAAAUAGCAGUUAUGGUGUAUAAUAGCAUCAAAAAAUAAAAACAAGCUAGGAAAUACAAUAACAUACAGCAAUAAUGUAAAUAAAAGAAAUAAAUAUUUUCUAGUUUUUAAUCUCUUGCUCAUGACCAUGAAAAAUUACUGAAAACAUAACGUAUGUGUAGUGUUCAUGCCAACUACUUUGUUGUUGCGAUUCAAUACCCCAAAACAAAGUACGGAAUGACAUUACAGAGCUAUGUUAUGCUUGACAUAAAAACUUGAACCUUACACAUUUAUUUGCUAGAUUUUAAGCUGAAAACAUGAAAAUGUACGUGAGACAGAAUAAUUUAGUUUUUCUCGUUAGUAGUCUGUCCUGAACAUGUAAUUUUUACUUAGGAGGGUAAUUGAACCGUAGUUGGUUCAAGUUAUUUUAUUACUAUCUUUAUAACAAAACUAUGUAGCUAAUAUUUUGCAAAAAAAUCAUAAAAACUACAAAAUUUCAGCAAUUCAAAGUUACAUUACUAUCGAAAUUUAAUCGGAAGCUUGUAAUUUUUAAGGCAGAGUUCUAUAAAAAUUUGUACCAAUUAAAAAUAAUCUCUCGUCAGCUGGCAACAUAGAUGCAAAAAUAUUUAAUAAGCCAAUAACUUUAACGGAUGCAAUUUUUGUGAGAGAGAUUAUUUAUUGAAUAAUGAAUUACAAAGUGAUAAAAGAAGACAAAGGUGGAUAUUUUCCUUUUCAUAUGCUGCCCAUUUUUUAACAACUCUGUAUAGAAGUAGAUGUAAAUAUAUACAUAAACACUUAUACUAUAUAAAUAUAUAUUUAUCCUUUAAAAGUGUGAUAAUGUUAACGCCGUCUCUACAUGCUAUGUAUAAAUUGUGUUUUCAAUAAAAAUCUUUC